AUGGGUGACAUUACACACUCUACCAUCAAGGAUGGCUGGUUCCGCGAGAUCUCCAACAUGUGGCCUGGCCAGGCCAUGACUCUCAAGGUCGAGAAGGUCCUCCACCACGAGAAGUCCAAGUACCAGGAUGUCUUGAUCUUCAAGUCUACUGACUACGGCAACGUCCUCGUCCUGGACAACGUCAUCCAGGCCACCGAGCGUGAUGAGUUUGCCUACCAGGAGAUGAUCACCAACCUUGCCAUGAUGUCCCACCCUGAGCCCAAGAAGGUCCUCGUCAUUGGCGGUGGUGAUGGCGGUGUCCUCCGUGAGGUCGUCAAGCACGACUGUGUUGAGGAGGCUAUCCUCUGCGACAUCGACGAGGCCGUCAUCCGCCUCUCCAAGCAGUACCUCCCCCACAUGUCCGCUGGCUUCAACCACCCCAAGGUCAAGGUCCACGUCGGCGACGGCUUCAAGUUCCUUGAUGACUACAAGAACACCUUCGACGUCAUCAUCACCGACUCCUCCGACCCCGAGGGUCCCGCCGAGUCUCUCUUCCAGAAGCCUUACUUCAAGCUUCUCCACGACGCCCUCCGUGAGGGCGGUGUCAUUACCACUCAAGGUUCUGAGAACCAAUGGCUCCACCUUCCCCUGAUCACCAAGCUCAAGCAGGACUGCAAGGAGAUCUUCCCCGUGGCCGAGUACGCCUACACCACCAUCCCCACCUACCCCUCGGGCCAGAUCGGCUUCAUGGUCUGCACCAAGGACGCCAACCGCAACGUCAAGGUUCCCCUCCGCUCCUGGACCAAGGAGGAGGAGGAGAAGCACUGCCGCUACUACAACUCCGAGAUCCACAAGGCCAGCUUCGUCCUUCCUACCUUUGCCGCCAAGGCUCUCCAAUAG